CGAACCUAAUCAUUUUUGACAUCUUUUCGUUCUCUUUUCCUUGGCUCUUCAACUCGUUAACAUCUAGUGAUUGUUCUUGAUUAGAAUUUAUUAUUUUCUUUUCUAUAUCUACUUGUUUGUGUUGAAUACAGCUAAAACUGAUAAUAUGGCAGCAAAAGGUGCAGGCGAGAAGGAUGGAGAAUAUUUUCUAAAACUGGCCAAGGCGGAAUGCGACAGGCUGAUGACUAUGGCAAACACCGCUGACAAUGAUCUUAAAAAUCUUAAUUUAUCUGAGGAAAAUAAAGGAAAACUGAGGGUUGCCAGUGGAAAAGCUAAGCUGCUGACGACCAAGAAAAUGGAGCAAUUCAAACAGUUAUGCAUAAAAAACAUUGAUAAGAAUCAUGGAGAUUAUCAACCCGUUACUAACAAUGAUCUUGAAGCCUACUGGGACAUCUUCAUGAUUCAAGUGAAUGAUUUGGAUGAGCUUUUCGGGGAAAUCGAGCAAUUACGAGCAAAUAACUGGAAAAAGGAGACUGGAAAAGGAAUGCAGCAGCCGGGCCCCUCCAAACCCCGCAGAGACCCGCCCGGUAAAGACCCGAAAGGCAGGACCUCAUGGCCCUAGGAACGUCAGCAAACGCUCUGUCCUUAGAUUUAAGUUUUUGUAUUCGAAGAAUUUUGUCAAACGUUCUGUCCUUAGAUUUAAGUUUUUGUAUUCGAAGAAUUUUGUCAAACGUUCUGUCCUUAGAUUUAAGUUUUUGUAUUCGAAGAAUUUUGUUUGGUCCUAUUAAAAUAAUAAUUAACCAUUAAACAUUUUGACCAUU